AUGUCGUUUGGAACUCUUUACACCCACAAUCCAACCCCUCGCUCCACGACCCUCCUCGCCCUCGCGAAACUCAACAACCUCGACAUAGACAUCGUUUACGCAGAGAAGAAGAACGAACAAGCGUUUGCAGAGCUUCGCAAGUACAACCCGCUCGGCCAGGUCCCAACCUUUGUAGGGGCUGAUGGACUCGUGCUCUCGGAAUGCAUUCCGUUGACGCUGUAUUGUACGCUUCCAGUCCUGAUCCCAACCAGCAAGAGGAGUGUUAACCAUACCAUGCUCGCAGUUGCAUCCCAAGCUCCAAACAAACGAUCCUCCGCUCUCCUCGGCAGUAGCCAGAAUGAUUCCCUCAAGAUCCUCCAAUGGAUGUCCUUCGCAAACAGCGAUCUCUUCCCGGCAGUAGGAGGCGUAUUCCUUCCGCGCAUCGGGCGGCGGCAGAUAAUCAGGCAAGACGAUGAGGACUCGCUACGUGCGAUGCUGCAGCGAUGCAAGUAUAUCGACGAACACCUCAAGACAAGCAGGUUUCUGGUCGGUGACACGGUGACGAUAGCCGACUUUUUCACGACCAGUCUGCUUAUGGGGGCGUUUGCAGCGUUUAGAAAGACAAUGGAGGAUAGGUUCCAGACGCUGUGUAGGUGGUAUGAUGAGGUCUGUGAGGUGGAUUGGUUCAAGGAAAUUGCUGGGGGUGUGCCUGACUUGGGGCUCGAGCUGGAGAUUCCGGAGGAUUCGGAGUGA